GAUCGUACACACUUACCAUGGCUCACCUCGGGAUGCUGGGCUGCAUGGUGAACCGCAACUCAUCUGUCAAAAGCCUGAUCUGUGACCUGUACUGCGCCUUCAAUACACAGUGUAAGAAGGAUGGCCAUGAUCCGAGUGACCUUUCCCCAAUGUCCCCCAUGUCCCCGGUGUCCCCAGCGCCUGUGGACCCACUUUUUUCUUGGCCUGGACCUAAAACUCUGCACCUGCAGCGAACCACACAGGGCUUUGGCUUUACGCUGCGCCACUUCAUCGUCUACCCACCUGAGUCUGCCGUCCAGUCAUCUUUCAAGGAUGAAGACAAUGGAAGUCGAGGGAGGCCCCGGUGUCGCCUCGAGCCGAUGGACACUAUCUUCGUGAAGCAGGUGAAGGAAGGAGGCUCCGCCCACCAAGCUGGACUCUGCACAGGUGAUCGUAUAGUGAAGGUGAAUGGCGAGAGCAUCAUCGGCAAAACCUACUCACAGGUCAUAGCCCUCAUCCAGAACAGUGACGCAGCUCUGGAGCUCUGUGUGAUGCCUAAAGAUGAAGAUAUUUUGCAGUUGUUCUCCCGGGACAUCACAGCUCUGGCCUAUUCCAAAGAUGCGUAUCUUAAAGGGAAUGAGGCGUACAGCGGAAAUGCGCAAAACAUCCCAGAACCUCCUCCUAUCCUUUACCCACGGGUAGAACCCAAUACAUCAGAGAUGACACACACCGAUGAGCCUCCUGCUCCCUCAGGAGCCAAGGGAGUGUUGUCCCAGGGAGCAGAGGCCAGCUCAGAUAUGGGCUAUCAUAUGGAAGUCCCAAUCACACAAUUGGCUUCUCCUCCUCCUCACUCGCAGGUCUCCAGACUCCAGACUGUUGCAUGUGUAUAUGAUGAAGCCAUACGUAUGGCACCGGCAGAAGUUUUGGAUUCCCUUGAACGUUCUCCUCACCCUCACAGGCUGCAGGAGACAAAGAACAUGCCGCUCUGUACCUCAUCCUUUGAAAACCUUUCCUCGGUCCGCCCGAGAUCCCAAACCACGCCUUUUUCUUCUUCGGCUAGAGGAUCGUUGGUGCAGUACGCUCCGAAAGGGCUGUCCGACUCACCAGGAUUCUCCACGCACAUUCCUUUUCAUCCUGACUCGACUUCUACACCAUCGAGUAGACAUGCCAUAAGCCCAUUCACGCCCUCUCCUCUCACCAUUUCAUCAUCUCCAUGCUCCCCGAUGCAUCAGAACAUUGACUGGAGGAAUUACACGACGUACAAAGAGUACAUUGACAACAAGCGCCUCUAUACCUACGGUAGUAGGACCAUCCAGGAAAGACUGGACAGCCUGCGGGCGGCAAGCCAGGAAGAUAAAGCAAAUGCAAGUAUGGACGGCACUAUUGGAUCCCAGCAGAGGCAGAGGAGCCCGUGUCACGAGCGAGGGCCUGCAAAUUCCGGGGUCCAAUCUCUAUGCAGCAUGUCUCAGGAAAGAUUGGAAGCAAAAGAGCAAGCAACGUCAAGGGAUUGGCAUCGGAGUGCAUCACAGGAUGCACUUCCUUUAUCCACAAAGAGUACCUACAAACCUCGGGCGAAGUCGUGUGACUACCUGGGCAGGCAGGCUGAGACCAGGGUUAUGCUGAUGGACAGAAGAGUUUAUGGGAGGACAGAGACGGAGGACAAGUCACCUAUUUGCACUGGAGAGGAGACUGAAGGUUGCAAGCAGUCCCUCUCAUUAGGAAAAAUGGCACAGACUCAAAGAACCAUGGUCAGUGGAUGUGGCAGUUUUCCUGGACUAAAUGCUACAGGUAAAGGUACAGAUCCGAGCUCCCGAGUGGAUUCUCUGAUUAACGCUGCAUCUUCUAAGUCACAGCUCCCCAUUCAGACCUCUGUUUUAAACGACUCUUAUGUAGCCAAGGCUCUCGCUUCCUUAAACACAGGUGUCUCGACCAUGUCUGCGGCCUCGAAAAACCAAAGAACUGCUCUUGUGCCAAAUCACACGUCUCUCGGGCGGCGACCUGAGCGCCAUCGGGAGUGCACUGGUUCCAUUCCAUGCCUUGACCACUCCAGGAGGAUACAGAUGCAGCAGGAUGGGUCUUCAGUAGCUACGAACGGUUUGGCUGUCGAAGGCCUUGAAGGUGCAGAAGCUAAAGUGGUGGUAGUGAGGAGGGAGAAAAUUAAAAAGACAGUUCCUUUACCUCUCAGACAUCCAUCCUACAUCCAGGCUGUGAACGAUGGAGCGGGUCGAGCGGAGAAACUCAGUAAAACGCCAAAGUGCUGGAGGUCCCAUGAUGCUGUGCAGGAUGGGUAUAAGCAGUGGUUUGGGGAGGAAUAUCAACUCUCAGGAUCUGGCCAACUUCACGAGUCACUCGACUCCAUCCCCUUCAUUGACGAGCCCUCCAGUCCCAGCGCCGACCUGUAUGACACCCAGUUCCCAAUUCCCACCAUCAUCUCUGCUGCACCGCCAAGCCCCGCCUCUUCCUCCGCCAUCCUACACCGCCAGCUCUCUCAUGACCAAGACUCGUUGCGGUUUACGGUUCUGGAUUCAGAUUCCGGAGCUAAAACGGAGCGCUCCAAGUCCUACGACGAGGGACUAGACAACUACAGGGAUGGAGGACGCGGGACACUGAUGAAGCCCAUCGGUCUGAGAGGACUUAGGAAGCAGGCUGUGGAUCAGUCCUCAGACGAUUCUGGCUCCAGGAGAAACUCUUUAUCAGAUGUGUUUAACGCUACUAAGGAGGGAGUACUGCACUUCCGCCAGUUCAGCUCAGACAAGGGCAAGCGUGUGGGCGGUGGCAUGCGUCCGUGGAAACAGAUGUACGCGGUGCUCCGUGGCCACUCCCUCUUUCUUCAUAAGGACAAAAAGGAGGGGCAAACCCCAAACUCGCACAUGGAGGAGGAGCCUGUGUCAAUCUGCAUCAAGGCAUGUCUGAUCGACAUCUCCUACAGCGACACCAAGAGGAAGAACGUCCUCAGGCUGACCACGUCCAACUGCGAGUACCUGUUCCAGGCCGAGGACAGAGAGGACAUGCUGGCCUGGAUCCGAGCUAUUCAGGAGAACAGCAACCUGGAUGAGGAGAACGCAUUGAUCACGAGCACAGACCUGAUCAACCGCAAAAUCAAGGAGUACAACACUCUGAUGAGUCCCCCCAGCAGUAAGACCGAGCCGUCCCCUAGGUCCUCACGUCAGUCUCUGAGUAUCAGACACACCCUGCUGGGGGGCAAUAAAAGCCCGAGCCCUCACUCACCUCAUAAAGAUCAGGAGAGGAAAUUCAUCCACAAAGAUGAAGCGAGUCCUCCUAAGGAUAAGGGGCUGCGGAGGAAAGGGAUCCCGGGACUGAUGAGGAAACCGUUCGAGAAGAAAGUGGCUCCUGGGGUCACGUUCGGCGUCAGACUGGACGACUGUCCUCCUGCUCACACGAACAAAUUUAUCCCCCUGAUUGUAGAGGUGUGCUGUAAGUUGGUGGAGGAAAGAGGUCUGGAGUACACAGGGAUUUACAGAGUGCCGGGGAACAAUGCUGCCAUCUCCAGCAUGCAGGAGGAACUGAACAAAGGGGUUGGAGAGAUAGACAUUCAGGAGGACAAAUGGAAGGACCUCAAUGUGAUCAGCAGUUUAUUAAAAUCGUUCUUCCGGAAGCUUCCUGACCCUCUUUUCACCAACGAGAAAUACGGUGACUUCAUUGAUGCGAAUAGAACAGAAGAUCCAGUAGAAAGGCUGAAAGUGCUGAAGAGGCUGCUUCACGAGUUGCCCGAUCAUCACUACGAGACGCUAAAGUUUCUCUCGGCUCACCUGAAAACUGUGGCAGAAAACUCUGAGAAGAACAAGAUGGAGCCCAGGAACCUGGCCAUCGUGUUUGGCCCCACCCUGGUUCGCACGUCCGAGGAUAACAUGACACACAUGGUCACACACAUGCCUGAUCAAUACAAGAUUGUGGAAACACUCAUUCAACAGUACGAUUGGUUCUUCACUGGAGGAGAAGAGGAACCAGAGACGGUGGUCCAGACAGACAGUGCUGUGGAGACGCAGCCCAUUCCCAACAUUGACCACUUACUCACCAACAUCGGUCGCACCGGCGUCUCUCAGGGAGAAGUGUCAGAUUCCCCCACUAGUGAUUCUGCCAAAUCGAAGGGUUCGUGGGGGUCUGGGAAGGACCAGUACAGCCUCGAACUGGUUUCCUCCAUCUUUGCUGCAGCUAAUCGCAAACGCAAGAAGCCCAAAGAGAAGCUAGCAGUUAGCAGCUCCGAUGAUGACCUGGAUGCUGUUUUUCUUGAGAGCGAGCCGCAGAACCAAAAAGGAAUAGAGCAGGAUAAAGCAGGGGACUCACAUUAUGGGAAAGAACCUGAAAAAACAUUCAAGGGCCACAAAGAGCACAGGAACUCCUUUUUCAUGAGGAAACCAUCUUCUGGUAGUGUCUCCGAAUCCCCAAAAUACUCCACACUGCCCAGUCUCCGCUUCCGAACAUCGCUUUCCCAAGGCUCCACAUCUGAAUCAUCUUCACAGGUGGAGGAUCUUGGUACCCUGAAUCCAGGAACAUCCAGAUCCAGGAAUCGAAUGAGAAUUUGGGACACUGUAUCUUCAUCUGCCGCAGAGCUACCUCCGACCGGUCCUGUCGGCGGAUCGGCCACGGCGGAAGUGAGCUCUAUUACGUCAGAUUACUCCACCACUUCCUCCAUGACGUUUCUGACGGCGGAGUCAAGCGUGCUUAGUGCGGAUUUGCAGAGUCGAGGUGGAGACGAGGCUGAUGACGAGCGCAGUGAGCUGAUCAGUGAAGGACGACACAUGGAGACAGACAGUGAGACAGAGUUUCCUGUUUUUAUCAGAAGCGCCACGACUCCCAUUACCCCGUCCAAGAUCGUCCCUCGGAGUGCAGAUGGUACUAACGUUCCAAAACUUUUAAACCGCCAUGUCCUGCCCUCACAAAGGCUCACCACAUUCUACACAUCCAAGAGGCGGUCCUUGCACCAGAAGACCGACAGUGAAUCGUCCUUAGAGGUCGGAGCCAGCCAAGAAGGCGAUAGAAUGAGCCGAAGCGAACCGAGUCGUCUGUCUCGUGUUCUGGAAGCAGUGAAAAAAGGGCGCUCCGUAGGAAGCCUCAGCUCCGCCUCUUCCUCCUCGCACAGUCAGACGGAACCAAUCAAGCGCCUGAGUAUCGCCGAGAGGUUGAAGUCCCACUUCCGUGUGUCUGCGGACGAUAUGUUCGGCGUGGGGGGAAACAGAAAUAGCAAGAAGAAAGAGAAACGAGUCCGUCGGAGGCACACUCUGGGUGGCCAGCGGGACUUUGGCGAACUCGCAGUCAUCAACGACUGGCGUGAACAGGGCGGUACAGAGAAGGGGGCGGAGCUUUCGGACACGGAGCGCCUCAAGCUUCAAAACUCUAGAGAGAUUUCCAUUCAGGACUGGAUCGCCCACGAGCGCUGCCAUUCCGGGACAUCACGGGCUGGCUCGCAGGGGUCAAAGGUCAUGACUGGGGAAAGUUCGAACGAUCCUGCUUCUAUGCCAAGUUGCCAAUCCGGUACGGAUCAGUUGAACGGGGGGGAACAAAAGCGCAAAGGCAAAGCAAACCAGAACUCAGGCUCCGAUGCUCACCCACAUAAACUUUCCGGGGCGCAAGUUGUACGCUCCCAGUUCUACCAAUGUUUAUAGGAAUUGUCUGCAUAUAUAUUUGUGUGUAUGGGUGUGUGUAAUUGUGUGUGUAUGGAUAUGGAUGUAUGAAACAAAUCAUAGUGAAUGAACAAAUGAAUGAACGAAUGAAUGAAUGAAUGUU